UGUUGCUAACCGGUAACAUUUAGCAUAAACACAUGGCCAGGGAGGUACGUUAGCAACACGAGCGACAGUGGCCAAUGCGAAACUGUCGAAAUCGAAAUAACCGGUGGGGAGGCUUUAUUAUUAUUAUUGACAUUAAACUUUAUUUUACAACGCAUUGUGUUGUCGUGCUACUCUUAUAUACUAAUGCGCAACUAUUGUAAAAUAUCCGCUCCCAACGUUUGCUAACCUUAACGAAUGUUCGACGUCAACAAAAGUGUACAUCACCCAGCAUCAUUUUUUCCCUCUCUUCGUUGAUGCUGCACCUAGUGUGAAUGUGCAUAUCUAAAGUCUCCAGCUAAAAAAAACUUAACAAAACAAAAACAGAUACAGCAUCGCCAUCGUCGUCAUCCUUUGAAUGAUCUCUGGCCCUCGGGAUGGCUGCGGCCGGACUGAGUAAAUCCAAAAAGGCGAACCAAGAGUCGUACCAGAAUCCAAGCGACGAGGAUUUGUAUCGAAUCGAUGAAACAAAUGACCUCUUCGACGACGCUGUGCUUUCCGGUUCAGUUGAGCAAGACAAGAAUACGACUUUGAAUUCAGAUGCUGGUAGGAAAACACCAACUAAAGCAGAGGAUAAAGUGGACAAAGUGAAAGCAGAUGGAAAAGAAAAAAAACAGUUACGAAGAUUCUCAUUAUAUAUUGGGAAUUUCUCUUGGUGGACAUCUGACCAGGACCUCCUGCGGUUGGCCCAAAAAUUAGGGGUGGGGGAUAUUGAUGAAAUCAAAUUUGCAGAAAACAAAGCAAAUGGCCAAUCAAGAGGCUAUGCAAAGGUGGUGGUGACUUCUGAAAAUUCAUUAAAAAUAUUGUUGGAGAAAAUUCCCCAAUGUACUUUGGAUGGGGAAAGCAUCGACUGCCGUUUUGCCACUCAACAAAACUUCAGUGUGUUUGAGGACGCUGCUAAUAAACGAUUCCCAAUGCGCUGUCAUUCUAAGGACACUGAUGUGCAGAGCUCCUCAACAUUUUCAUGGGAUACCAAUCCUCCCAGUAUACCCACUCCCAUUCCAUCAAAUCCACUUGGAAAUGUAUUUCCCUCACAUUCCAGCCCUUUCCCUGGCCAGCCACCCUCUCCCUUCCAAUCUGUGCCACCCAACAUCCCGCCACUGCAUCUGUUUCCCCCUCCACCUUUCAAUGUGCUGAGCCAGCCGCCUCCAAGUCUGCAUAUAAAUCCAGCUUACUUUACCCCAGUACAAGACAGACACAGAAGUCAUGCUUACAGUCAACCAAAGGGGGAGAGAGAUUAUGAAGAACUGUUGAACAGAAAUAGAGCUGUGGCUAGCAGCGCCAUUACCAAGGCUGUGACAGGUGCAACAGCUGGAGACCUGAGAGUGGCUAUGGAAACCCUGUUAACAGCCAUUGCCAUCAUCAAGCAGUCCAGUGUGUACAGUGAUGAGCGCUGCCAAGCCCUCGUCACCUCCCUCAAAGACUGCCUGGUGUCCAUCCAGGGAAACUAUGGCUACAGGAGUAGCAGUCAUUCUGGAGACCGGGACAGAGAUCGGGAGCGGGAAAGGGAACGCCACAGAGAAGGCUCACCUCGUAGGGAAAGUGCUGGAACAUCUAGAAGGCAUAGAGAACGCUCUUGGAGUCGAGAGAGGGACAGGGAGCGUUCACGGGACAAGCACAGAGAUUACAGAGAACGCUAUCGCUGACUUGGUAAGAUUUGUAUCCAGCACAUCCUCAUGAGCCACUAUCACACUUGGACCGCCAACAAAACCAAUAUUGACCAACUGAUACACCGCCUGUAAAUUUACUCUGUGUGGUCUACUGAUGAUGAUUCUGCCACAAGAACAAUUGAAUUUAAUUUUGAUGUCAUUGUCAAUUGAAAUUGCAGCGUAAUGCCACCAAGGAUUACCUUUGUAUAAUGCAUUCAGAAAGUACUUAGACCCUUCAGUUUUCACGUCUUUAUGCUUCAGUCAUUUAAUUUUCUUACAAAAAUCUGAACACUGUAUUCAAUAUAUAAAAAAAGAAAAAGCAGAGUAAAAAUGUUUGCUUUUAUACAGAAAACUUGAAAUGUCAAUUAUUUAGAUCCUUUGCUUUGACUUGAAAUUUAACUCUGGUCCAUCUACCUCUUGGUCAUCUUGGAAAUGUUUGUAUACUUUCAUUAGACUCCACCUUGGGAGAAAAAAAACAACAAAAAAAACAAGACGUGUUUUGCCUGUCUACACAGGGCCUUACAGCUGACAAAGUACAUCACACCAAAAAACACAUGGUUAAAGCAACUAUUUGAAGAGGAGUCCUGUCUUAAAUCUCUUCAGUUCCUUCUGGGUUUGUCUUUGAACUACGUUUGUCAGGUCUAAAGCCUUCUAUCGUGCCUUUGAGAAUCAAAUUCAUCAAGCGAUGGAAGAACCUGAGUUAAGUUUCAUACAUUAGAAAAUGGGGAGUUUAAAACUUUUGAGGAAAACAGCGUUUUGAGCAUACUGUGAAACAAAUUGGAAGGUUGUGGAAUACUUCACCCUCAUUCUUUUGCAAAAUGAAGUUUAUUUUUGUCCUUUUUUUUUUUUUAAAUAAAGUAUGCUUGUUUCCUUUUAGACUCGUUAACAUGCACAAAGGAUACAGCCUUUUGUUUCAACACAACCUUGUCAAAAGACAGAAAAUGUUAUCUCCAGAUGUCUGUAAUUGUUUCUUCAUUCUGCUCUUGGCGGGUCUUUGAAUUGUUUCAAGAAAAUACUGUUGUGUAUAGUUAUUCAAAUUAGAAUCCUUGCAUGUGCAAGCCACCUCUAAUUGUAUUUGUCAUUGUUGUCUUUUGUAAUAUAAAACAAUCCCCCAAA